AUGUCUGGAUCAAUUUUAAAAUAUGUUGCACCUUCAACAUCUACCGCAGUAGGAAAAAGUGCUGAAGACAUUCAGUCUGUUGAAUCCAGAGGUGAAAUGCCUGAAGUAUCUUCUCAAGAAGCUUCAUAUGUAAAAGCACAAGAAUUGGAAGAUCAUUUUAUUGAUGUAGACGAAGGAGAUGCCAGCAGAAGCCUGCAUCAGCAAGACUCUGAUGAUGAUGAUGAAGAAGAAGAGGAGACUGUUCGACUGUCAGUUUAUUCUGAUGUUGCUGCUUGGCAAGUUCCAGUUCCAGAUGUUUUAAGAGUGGACCUUAUUAAGAGGGGAAGUGAACCUUUCCAAAAUAGAGAUGGGCCAUUUAGUCCUGUUGAAAGGCAAGGAGAGAAAUCAAAAGGGAAGAGUCAACAGCUGACCACUGCAUGGUUCUAUAAGGCUCUGCCUAAUGGUGAAAAAAUUCAUAGAACGUGGAUGGUGUACUCUCCAUCAAAACAAAGUUUGUUUUGCUUUUGCUGCAGACUUUUUGCUGUUGAUGACAAAGUAACAGGGACAUCUAGUUUUGUUACUGGGUUUCAAUUGUGGUGGAAGCUGAACCCAAAGGUGUCUGAUCAUGAGGCUUCUGAGCAGCAUCUUACAUGCUUGGAGAAAUGGAAGCUACAAAAAUGCCUUGAUCAUGUCCAUCAAACAACAGUGGACCGAGAGAAAAGGAAAUGGAGGGAUAUUUUGCAUCGCCUUUUGGAUGUAACUAUGUUUCUGGCUUACCAGAACCUUCCCUUUCGUGGUCAGAGAGAGACCAUGUCAUCCACAAACAAAGGCAACUUCCUGGAAUUGGUAGAAUUGCUCUCAAACUAUGAUCCCAUUUUAAAGGAACAUUUCAUGAGGCUGAAACAUGCUGUUGCUCUUGCAUCUGGAAAGAGAAUGACUUCCUAUUUCUCUCCAAAUUAA